GCAGCGGUUGGUUCGCGGCCUCUUUGGUGGAGCUGCCCAGCCGGACCCCCUAUCCCAUCCCUGUGUCCCCUCCUGCCGCGGCCCGAGAUGGCGGAUCCAGCCGAAUGCAGCAUCAAAGUGAUGUGCCGGUUCCGGCCCCUCAACGAAGCGGAGAUCCUCCGCGGGGACAAAUUCAUCCCCAAAUUCAAAGGCGAGGAGACGGUGGUGAUCGGGCAAGGGAAGCCGUAUGUUUUUGACCGAGUGCUGCCGCCCAACACAACCCAGGAGCAGGUCUACAAUGCCUGUGCGAAGCAGAUUGUCAAAGAUGUCCUCGAGGGUUACAAUGGGACAAUUUUUGCAUACGGGCAGACUUCAUCAGGAAAAACUCAUACCAUGGAGGGGAAGUUGCACGAUCCUCAGCUUAUGGGUAUCAUACCCAGGAUCGCACACGAUAUUUUCGAUCACAUCUAUUCCAUGGAUGAGAACCUGGAGUUUCAUAUCAAGGUUUCCUAUUUUGAGAUCUACUUGGACAAAAUAAGGGACUUGCUUGACGUGUCCAAGACCAACUUGGCUGUUCAUGAAGACAAAAACAGAGUCCCCUAUGUAAAGGGGUGCACUGAGAGGUUUGUGUCAAGCCCGGAGGAGGUCAUGGAUGUGAUCGAUGAGGGCAAAGCAAACCGACAUGUGGCUGUGACAAACAUGAACGAACACAGCUCCAGGAGUCACAGUAUCUUCCUGAUUAACAUUAAACAAGAGAAUGUGGAGACUGAAAAAAAACUCAGCGGGAAGCUGUAUUUGGUUGAUUUGGCUGGGAGUGAAAAGGUCAGCAAAACUGGUGCCGAGGGAGCUGUUCUUGAUGAAGCUAAAAAUAUCAACAAGUCUUUGUCUGCUCUUGGAAAUGUGAUCUCUGCCUUGGCAGAAGGGACAAAAACACAUGUGCCAUACCGGGACAGCAAGAUGACUCGGAUUCUCCAGGACUCUCUGGGUGGGAACUGCAGGACCACCAUUGUCAUUUGCUGUUCUCCUUCAGUCUUCAAUGAGGCUGAGACCAAGUCCACGCUGAUGUUUGGACAGAGAGCAAAGACCAUCAAGAAUACAGUCUCUGUGAACUUGGAACUAACAGCAGAGGAAUGGAAGAAGAAAUAUGAAAAAGAGAAAGAGAAGAAUAAGGCCUUGAAGAGUGUCAUCCAGCAUCUGGAGUCGGAGCUGAACAGGUGGAGGAAUGGGGAAGCUGUGCCUGAGGAUGAACAGAUCAGUGCCAAGGACCAGAAGAACCUGGAGCCCUGCGACAACACACCCAUCAUAGACAACAUCACGCCUGUGGUUGACGGCAUCUCUGCUGAGAAAGAGAAGUAUGACGAGGAAAUCACCAGUCUGUACCGACAGCUGGAUGACAAGGACGAUGAAAUUAACCAGCAGAGCCAGCUGGCUGAAAAGCUGAAGCAACAGAUGUUGGAUCAGGACGAGCUUCUAGCUUCCACCAGAAGGGACUAUGAGAAGAUCCAGGAGGAGCUGACCCGCCUCCAGAUCGAAAACGAGGCAGCUAAAGACGAGGUGAAGGAAGUCCUGCAGGCCCUGGAGGAGCUGGCUGUCAAUUACGACCAGAAGUCACAGGAAGUGGAGGACAAGACCCGGGCCAACGAGCAACUGACCGAUGAGCUGGCCCAGAAAACGACGACACUGACAACCACCCAGCGAGAGCUGAGUCAGCUACAGGAGCUUAGCAACCACCAGAAGAAGAGGGCCACGGAGAUCCUGAACCUGCUUCUCAAGGAUCUGGGCGAGAUAGGUGGAAUUAUUGGCACCAACGAUGUGAAGACUCUGGCAGAUGUGAAUGGAGUCAUCGAAGAGGAGUUCACCAUGGCCCGCCUGUACAUUAGCAAGAUGAAGUCGGAGGUCAAGUCUCUCGUGAACCGCAGCAAGCAGCUGGAGAGUGCCCAGACGGACUCCAACAGGAAGAUGAAUGCCAGCGAGCGGGAGCUGGCAGCUUGCCAGUUGCUUAUCUCACAGCAUGAAGCCAAGAUCAAGUCUCUGACAGACUACAUGCAGAACAUGGAACAGAAGAGGCGGCAGCUGGAAGAGUCGCAGGACUCCCUCAGCGAGGAGCUGGCCAAGCUCCGGGCCCAAGAAAAAAUGCACGAAGUCAGUUUCCAAGAUAAGGAAAAGGAGCACCUGACGAGGCUGCAGGAUGCUGAGGAAGUGAAGAAGGCUCUGGAGCAGCAGAUGGAGAGUCACCGGGAAGCGCACCAAAAGCAGCUGUCCAGACUUCGUGAUGAGAUUGAGGAGAAGCAGAGAAUCAUUGAUGAGAUUCGGGAUUUGAAUCAGAAGCUGCAACUGGAACAGGAGAGGCUCAGCUCUGAUUAUAACAAGCUGAAAAUAGAGGACCAGGAGAGAGAAGUGAAGCUGGAGAAGCUCCUAUUGCUCAAUGACAAAAGAGAGCAAGCCAGGGAGGACCUCAAGGGACUGGAGGAGACUGUGUCCAGAGAACUCCAGACUCUUCACAACCUGCGCAAACUCUUCGUCCAGGACUUGACCACCCGGGUGAAGAAGAGUGUGGAGCUGGACAGCGACGAUGGAGGGGGUAGUGCCGCCCAGAAGCAGAAGAUCUCCUUCCUGGAGAACAACCUGGAGCAGCUUACCAAGGUGCACAAGCAGCUGGUCCGGGACAAUGCGGAUUUGCGCUGUGAACUCCCCAAGCUGGAGAAGAGGCUCCGUGCUACUGCAGAGCGCGUCAAGGCCUUGGAGAGUGCGCUCAAAGAGGCCAAGGAGAAUGCCAUGAGAGACCGAAAGCGCUACCAGCAGGAAGUGGAUCGCAUCAAGGAGGCUGUGCGAGCCAAGAACAUGGCCAGGAGGGCACAUUCGGCUCAGAUCGCCAAGCCCAUCCGCCCAGGACACUAUCCUGCAUCUUCUCCAACAGCCGUCCAUGCCGUCCGGGGAGGAGGUGGAUCUUCAAACUCCACUCACUACCAGAAGUAAAUGCAGAAUAUGACUCCACGUAGCAUGAAAAGGACUACAUUAGUCACCAGUUCCUUUAUUUCCCUCCUAUACAGUUUCCGUUUCUUUUUACACUUGCUUGCCCAGCCGUCUGUAGUACACCAGAUUCAGGUGUUUGCGCUGUGUAGAAUUUGUGUGCACAGAUACGUGCUUGGAUCCUUCUCCUAAGAAGUUGGAAGGAGGUGGUUACGCAAUACCCACUUCCUGCUCAGACGUUGCCACUUCUCAGCCUCCGGGGUUGCGUGGUCUCUGGAGGCCCCUGCAGUGCACUGGCCCAUUGGAAUGGAAUGCCCUACUGUGCCAUCCCAGAGGGACAACCAAGUGCUGUGGAACCAGUGACCAUGCUCUGCCUCGACUGUCCGGUUUCCUGUAAAAUAAACACAUCACUUUAUAUUUUUAGGGAACAAAAAAAAAGUGCUGCUAUAGGGUUCAAAAUUUUCAUUCUGAACACUUUUCCAAAACCAACCCCAGAGAGCAUUUUAAAUAUCCUGGUCAUAUCUUUGGAUCUGUAAAAUAGACCUUUUAGUAUGGCACCUGUUAAAGUGCAAAGCAGAUUUCUUCAAGGCAGAAAGACAGUUUGACGAUAGCAGUGUAGAACUUGCUCAUUCAGACACAUCUAUGAACGUGUGAAGAGUCAUAGAAUUCACCUCCACGAUGCUUGCUGGUGAACCUGCAGUGACUAGUCCUGGCCGGCCCAGUUGUUUGAACACCACUCCUGUACAAGUGUUGGAAAGGCUGCAGACUUGGGAGAGUGGAGAUGGGGCUGCCUCCCCUGCUUACAGCUUCCUCCGGAUCCCCUGGAACCUGCCUUGGGCUAGCCUCUUUCUCUGGCAAACAAACCAUCGCACGCUUGAGGAGAUAUUCCUAGAGAUCCAGCGUCCAUACUGUAGUUGGAAAGAAUUCCCUCGGGAGAAGUCAUUGAUGAGAUUUAUGCCUGUCUGUUUUUAUUGUAACCUGUCAUUGCAAACUGCUGAUUUAAAUUCUUUCUUUGGCACCAAAUAGGCUUCUUCUUCUUUGAGACACAGUUAGGGGGCAGAAAAAUCAGUGCGAUAGGAUUGGGGUUUUUUUUGGGGGGUUUUGGAAAUUUUUUGUAUAUUUAAUUAUCGCUUUAUUCAGAUCCAUGAAUCUAGUGGAGACUUACGUCCCGUUGGGCGUACUGAAAGGAUCAAUUGCCAAGUAGUAGCGUCUCGAGAGACACUAAGGAAGUCCAUACUAUGAGCUGCUAUUUGUUUCCACCGAUUGCGGUUUAGCUAGUAACAUCCCAUCCAUCUCAGAAAUCACCCACAUCGUCAUCAGGUGUGCCCCAGAAGUGUGCGUUCACACUGUCUUCUGAAGCUGGUACCCCUAGUGUAAGGGGAGACUCUAGGCUUUCCCAUGGCUGUGAGGGUGGGGGUAGAAAAAGUUAAUGUACUUAAUGUGUGUGCUUCUGCACUCUCGUGUGUAAAAUGUUGAGGGUUAUGUUUAUUACCUUCCAGGUUCUUCUGUAUAGAUUUUUCCUAACGCUGAUUUGACUUAAUUUAUUUGUUAGAUGUUGCCCUUUAUAACGGGGUUUUGUUUUUAACUAGGCAUAAAAAGAAGAUAACUUCUAUUGAAGUAUUUAUUUUACAAAGAUGAUUUUGCAUUUGUUUAACCUGUGUUUGCCUUGUUUCAUGUUGUCACCACUGUCUGCUCAACAUAACUGGCUGGCUGCUAUCUGGAGCCUGAUGGAAAGGUCCUUUGUGGGGCAGCAAGUUUGCAAGCCUCAUCAGGACUGAGCGAUGCCAGAUUAGCAGCUUACGGCCUAUGUUGGCCUCCGACUUGGAAGCUGAAAUGUUGGCCUUAAGAGGACCACCAAGGGAAUGCUCCUUGUCUCUAGGGCCCGCUGUUGUCUUUUAGACAACUGUGCUACUUUGUGUUUGGAAGUUGGGUACAGGUCAGGAAUGUGGUAGUCUUGGCUUUCAUUAGUAGCCAUUAUAAGAUGGAUUAUUUUAGAUUCUUCUAAAGCAAUUUCCCCCUAGGUUCUCACUUUCUACUUCUGAAGAAUUUGUGGGCACUUUCAAGUUUUAAAAGGCAGCAUUCAUUUGUAGUUCACAUUACUUGAUCUCUACAAGGGCCUUACCAAAUUCACUGUCCUUUUAUUCACAGAGAAGGUUGGCUUUGAUGUCUUGUAGAGAUAAUUCUGCUAGUUGCUGAUCAGCCAGUCAGUUCAUCUAGCGCCCUUCUUUAUAAGACCUCUAAUCUAAUUUUCUCACACUGUGACUAAAAGCUAGGCACACCAUUGGAACAGAUUAUGUGGUUUAUUUAAGCAAUACCUUAAUCUCGCUUUGACUAUUAAUUCCUUUAUCAGAGCAGUGUGCUCUCAGGCCUCUCUUU